AUGGAGUUGCUAGAUGUACAAUUGAUAGGUGGGAAAUAUACUUGGUACAAAGAAAAUGGAAUGGCUAAGAGCAUAAUAGAUAGGGUAUUGGUCUCUACUGAAUGGCUAGUGCAUUGGCCAGAUAGUAAACAAUAUAUCAAAGGAAGGCAGAUGUUAGACCAUUGUGCUCUAUUGCUUAAACCGGUCACAAUUGACUGGGGACCUAAAACUUUUAAAACCCUUGACAUAUGGAAAUCUGACCCAGCUUUCAAGAAGGUGGUAAAACAAUCAUGGGAAACCUAUAUCGGGAAAGGCAAUCCAAUGAUAAGUCUAAAAGAAAAGCUAAAAAAGUUGAAGUUUGAUUUAAAAUCAUGGAACAGAGAUGUGUUUGGAUUCAUAAGCCUAAAGAAACAAAAUCUUCUUCUAGAACUUGCCGAACUAGACAUGAAAGAUUAUGAAAGUAAUUUAGGAGAUGAUGAUAAGGUCAGCCGCAUGAAACUUUUACGCAAGUUGAAGUUACUUUUACACAAGGAAAGUGCAUUACUAAACCAAAAGACAAGGCUUAAAUGGAUAGAAGAAGGGGAUACUAACUCAAAGUACUUUCACUCAAGGAUAAGAUGGAGAAGGGUCACGAACGAAUUAAAAGGGGCGGAUGUGAAUGGGACGUGGUGUGAGGACCCAACAAAGAGAAUGGAGUUUUGUGAUAGAUGGAUUGGUUGGAUUAAAGAAUGUUUGGGUUCCUCGUCAGUGUCAAUUCUAGUUAAUGGGAGUCCUACUAAAGAGUUUAUACCCACAAGAGGUCUUAGGCAUAUGGCGCCCUUCCUAUUUCUUAUUGUCACAAAGGGUUUGGCAGGGCUAAUGAGACAAGCUGUUAAGAAAGACAUGUAUAGUGGGAUAAAAGUUUGCGCUAAUGGAGUAAAUGUGGGGUUAUUAUAG